AUGCUGCUGACAAACAUGACAUUCACAAAAGGAAUUGGCACACCAGUGUAUAUGGCACCUGAAAUUUUAAAACAAGAUAAAUACAAGAAGCCAGCUGAUGUAUAUUCGUUUGCGAUUACUAUGUUCGAGUGCUUUGGUUGGCAAAAAGCCUACUCUGGUAUGGAGUUCAAUUUUUCAUGGAAAAUCGCCGAGUUUGUUAUUUUCGGCCAUAGACUUGAUAACAAUCGAAAUAUACACCAUAAAAUAUAUAUGAUUAUUCAAAAGUGUUGUAUCCAAAAACCUAAUGAUCGAACUGAUAUAGAAAAUGUUAUAAAAGAACUUCAGGAUGUUUCAAUUUAA